AAGAAUGUCCUUCGAUACUACCGCUAGGUGGUUUUUGGAGACAAAUAGCAGACAGCUGACAUCACAUCUCACCAUUGAGUCCGCAGUACCCUUGGUCUCUCUGUUGCGAAAAUCACCAAUAUGGCUACUUCGAAAUUCGCCAAUGUGGAAAGUGCUCCUCCAAUUGAAGUAUUCGCUUUAAAUAAAGCAUAUGUGGAUGACACUUUUCCUCAAAAAGUAAAUCUUGGUGUUGGAGCAUACAGGACAGAUGAGGGGAAACCAUGGGUUCUUCCAGUUGUCCGUCAAAUGGAGCAGCAACUAGCAGCUGAUGAAACCCUAAACAAGGAAUACCUUCCUGUUUUAGGAUUUGAACCUUUGGCCAGUGCAGCAACUCGCAUGUUGCUUGGUUCCGACUCUCCUUCUCUGAAAGAAGGGAGGGCUACAGGCAUCCAGUGCUUAAGUGGAACUGGAGCUUUACGUGUAGGAGCUGAAUUUCUUGCCCAUAUUGGAAAGCAUACUGUUGUAUACUCAUCCAAUCCCACCUGGGGAAAUCACAGUUUGGUGUUUUUAAGUGCUGGAUUCUCAACCUAUAAAUCCUACCGUUAUUGGGAUGCAGCAAAGAAAGCUUUAGAUUUCGAUGGUUUGAUUGAAGAUUUGCGUAAUGCUCCUGCCAAUUCCGUCAUUUUACUUCAUGCGUGUGCUCACAAUCCCACUGGAGUAGAUCCUACCCAGGAUCAAUGGAAGCAAAUUGCUGAUUUAAUUGAGGAGCGUGGAUUGUUCCCUUUCUUCGACUCAGCGUACCAAGGUUUCGCUUCCGGAGACUUGGACCGCGACGCCUGGGCUGUCCGAUAUUUUGAUUCUCGUGGAUUUGAAAUGGUCUGCGCUCAGUCAUUCGCUAAAAACUUCGGACUCUACAAUGAGCGAGUUGGCAAUUUGACUUUCGUUGCCAAGGAUCGUGCAGUCAUCGAACCCGUUCGCUCGCAGAUUACUCUUUUAGUCCGUGCCAACUAUUCCAAUCCCCCUAAUCAUGGUGCCCGUAUCGUUGGCACAGUGCUAAACAACCCUGCUUUGACCGAACAAUGGAAAGGCCACAUUAAAACAAUGGCCGAUCGCAUUAUUUCCAUGCGCCAUGGUUUGAGGGAACGCUUGGAGAAAAUGGAGACACCUGGAACGUGGAACCAUAUUACAGACCAAAUUGGAAUGUUCUCUUUCACAGGACUUGGCCCUCUUGCAGUUGACAAGCUGAUUGCGGAGCAUCACAUUUACUUGCUCAAGGGUGGUCGAAUCAACAUGUGUGGAUUGAAUACUGGUAACAUUGAUUACGUGGCCAAGUGCAUCCAUGAAGUGGUCACCACUACCCAAGAAGCCAGUCUUUAAAGCAAAUCGCAACUUGCAAAAACAAGUAGUAAAUCGGCAGUGCUGAAUGUUUUACUUCAUUCAUUCGUUAUUUUACUUUACUCAUUUUUUAUGUUUGAUGUGUACAGUAGCGGUAAAUUGGUGGCAGUCAAGUCUUAACAUUAAUAUAAUUAAUAGGUUCAGGCA